AUUUAAUGGGAGCUUGAGGAUCUAAUAUUGAAAAACUUCAAUGUAAGUCAGACAACUACUGAUGAGGCUAUGAAGAAACAGAGCAUCAGAAUAAUACAGGAUUAGUGUCCGAAAUUCGUGGAGAAACUAAAAUUAAGCCUGGAUUAUCGUCCAGGAAAAGUAUGCAAAAGUGAAACAAUCUUUCAAACGAUAUCAGGGAGGAGCACAAAGAAGCAAGUGGGAUUUGAGUAAGAGAGAAUACACAUAGAAAUCUCCAAAGAGGUGAGGAAUGCAAAAUCCAUAUUGAGAACCUUAAGAGCAGCCAUGAUAAAUCAUCCAAACAGAAAGAAGGUGGGAUAAAGAUCCCUCUCCCUAUUGAAGACCAAAAUUUAAGAAAAACUGAGCAAGAAGAGAAAUUUUAUAAAGAAAGAAUGAAAAAGUUAUAAAUGCAAAAACAAAAGAGCUCAAGAUUGAGAUAAGCAAGUCAGAGGAAGGUAACCCAGAAUAUGUCAAAGACGACUCCCCUGAGAAGAGACUAGAGCUAGAUGAUGAUGAAGAUAUAAAGAACUCCAUCGCAGAAAAAGAUGAGGAGCAGAAAUAACGAGGAAGCUGCGAGAGAUGUCCAUAAGUUGCCUACUAUUAAGGAAGAGAAGAAAGAAGACUAUAAUCAAUCUAAUUCUGAAUUUAAGGAAUCCAAAUUUGUCCGAAAUAGUCCAGAGUUGCGUCCUGCUGGAAUGGAUUCUAAUCCAAAAGCUAGUGAAACCAUCCAUUCAGCAGCAGGAAAGUUCUUCCCCGAAAAAUAUAAAAUUGUCGAGGUAUUAGGUAAGGGAGAAGGAAGUAUGUGUUAUCUCCUUGAAGAUUCUAAGGAAGGAACUAGAGCAUGCCUCCGGAUGGUAAAGAAAAGCACUUAUGGAGAUGAAGAUAAAGAAGACAUAUCUGAGAAAAUAACUAAUAAGUUCUUCUUAAAAGACCUGAAGCAUCCGAAUUUGGUCAAGUUCAAAGAGUGAUGGAUGGAUUCUACUAACUUCUACUUCAUACAAGAAUAUAUUGAAGGAAAGGAGCUCUUUAACUAUAUCCAGGACACCGAAAUGUCAGAAUAAAA